AAACAAAACAAAUGUGGGGAGAGGAAAUUACAGUAUACUAUUUGUAGUUUGCCUACCUUAAUAUUUUAUGCGGAAAUAAAUAUAAAUCAACUUUUUAAUAGGAAAUGAAUAAUUAGGAAUUUGUUUGAGUUUUUAUUCAAAUGAGCCGGAUUAAGUUAUUUCACUAGACAAUAACAACAUGACUUUAAACUUUACAAAAUCAUAACCUCAACUUUAUUUAAUGAAGAGAAUGCUUUAGCCUUAUAAUGAAACCUGAAGCUAAAAAUGAAGUAGCUUUAAAAUCCAAGGAACAAGCACAAAUAUAUUAUGAAGCAGGAAAAUUUGGCAGAGCUUUUGCUCAUUAUUUGGUAGCACUAAAAUUAAUGCCAGAGUGGAAGCAUGAGCUGAAAGAAAAUUUUUCAUCAACUCUAUGUUCCUGGGGCAGCCAACUUGAAUCUCAACAGAGAUUUAAGGACUUGUUUAACUGCUACGAACAAGCAGUUGAGAUUUUUCCUGAAAAUGAAGAAGUUCUUUGUAAUCUAGGCGCUCACUUGUUCAGGUUAGGACACCUGCGUGAAGCUGCGCAUUAUUUCCGCCAAGCACUUGAAACCGAUGACAACUACCUGCCGGCAUAUCGCAACUUGCAGAGCGUGUGUAAUGUGCUAAUUGAGAGGUGGCACUUUCGCAUGCUGAACGACUCACAUCGCAAUGAAGCUUACAGAGAGGCUAUUAUGAAGAAAGUUCAGCAAGGCUUCACUAGUGUAUUAGACAUCGGCACCGGCACAGGGCUUUUGAGCUUGUAUGCAGUAACAAGUGAAGCACAAGAUGUGCAUGCUUGUGAUUACUCUCCGACAAUGUGUUCUAUCGCCCGAGAUGUGCUCCAUGCCAACAAGAUGGCUGACAGUGUCAAAGUGAUAAAUAAACUAUCCAACACAUUGAAAGUUCCUGAAGACUUACCUUAUAGAAAAUCUCUGGUGGUGACGGAGACCAUGGAUGCUGGACUGUUGGGAGAACACCUACUACAGACCCUUUUACAUGCUUGGGAUCACCUGUUAUUGCCACCCUGUCCUCAGCUGCUAAGUUUUCUGGAGACAGGAGCUCCGAUCGGCCAGUAUGGUGUGGUUGUGCCCUUUGGAGCCCGUCUGUGGGCCUCUCCUAUCCGGUGUCCAAGUGUAGCUCGCCGCAACUACCUCACCAAUGCUGAUCGCAGUACUUGGAAUUUCAGGAACAUGUGGUUGUUCAGUGAUUUCAGUGAACCUUACGAUACAGAAAACUUGAGGAUUGUUAAGGAUUGCAAGUUCCUCUGUGAUCCUGUAGAGGUUUUCACAUUUGAUUUUAACAACCCUUCUCAGCUUAAAGAUUAUUUUGAAGGGAAGAAUGAUGGUAAGUGCGUUUCCUUUGAGUACGAUGGGAAAUCGGAUGCAGUGGCGGUUUGGUUUGAUCUGAUGCUGGAUGAGGACAUCACGAUUUCUUCUUCUCCUCACUCGAUUGAGACACAGUGUUGUUGGGAUCAAGCGAUAUUUAGGUUUAAAAAACCUCAAGAAUCAAUUAAAUUGAGUGCAAAUUGUGUUGGGGGUAAGUUAGUAUUUGAUAUCAUUUCAGAGGCUACUAAGAAUUUUAAAAGUAGUGAUGAGAAUUUAUCAAAUCUACAGUCGAGUCUCAGCAGUGCAAGUAUUAUUUCUGAUUUUGCUGUUAGUCCAGAAAUGGUUUGUUUUCUCAACAAUAAACAAUUGCAAGACAAUUUUUUUGAAUUGCCCGAGAACUUUGACAUCAUCAACAGUGUUCUUGAUCUGUCUCCUUUUCCUCUCUUUGGUCUCAAAUGUCUUCAGUUAAAAGGAGCAAAUUUAUUAUGUGUUUUAAACUCAGAUCAAGAAAUAGGAGCUUUAAAAGAAUUUGUGAAAGAUAAUAACCUACAGCCAGAGAAAGUGAAGUGUGUUAAGAAAAGUGAUCUUGAUGAUCUUUUAUCAGAUGACUGUGAACUAUUUGAUAUUAUAGUUAACAAUAUUUUUGAACUUAAUGGAGAACUAAAAGAAAGUAAUAUUUGUCAAAUCCCAAAACUGACCAAGAUGUUGAGACCUGGAGGUGUUCUCAGCCCUGUACAGUUCACAGUUAGAUGUCAGUUGGUGGACUGUGAGUGGACUGUUCAGACCUCGAGGGUCAUGAAUGAGGAGUUGACACAAAGGUACAGGAUUGCCGAGUUCAUUAAUGUUUACCAGGUAUCUCAACAAAUAGAUAUUGACUUGAAAAAUGUCAAUUACACUCCUAUCUCAGAAGAGGUAGACUGCCUGCGAAUACUCAGCUCUGAGAUGGCAGCAGACUCCAGCCGCUCAGAGAAGGUAGAGGUGACUGUGGUGAAAGACGGCCUUGUCACAGCUAUACCUGUGUGGUACAACUACCAGAUGUUUGCUGACUCUUGUCAUCUCUCCACUUUAGCAGAUGAGAGUCACAUCAACCAAGUUGUUUUUGUUGUUGACCCACCUUUACAUGUAGUAUCUGGUGAAACCGUCACUGUCAAUGUAACUUACAACUGUGGUGUGCUCAGAUUAAAAAUAGAGUCUUAACUAUCA